AUGGGAAAAGCAAACGUUAGAAGAAGGAAUCAAAGGAAAAACAGAUUGAACCCUUUGAAGAAACAAGAUGGAGCCAUCAAAGAAUUGCCCUUGGAUCUGAAAGAAAGUGCUUUACCAGUUCUUUCCAGACUUGAAAAUCCUGAAGCGAAAGAAAGGUCAUGGGCCGCUAGUGCUAUUUCUAGUAUCAUUGUAAGCAGCUCAGAGGGACGCUUACUACUCUUAAAGAAUGGACUUGUUUCUAAGCUUAUGAAUCGCUUGACUGAUGACUCAAUUGAAGUUGUUGUUGAAGUUACAGGUGCGUUUCGAAAUCUUGCGAUUGAGGAAGAAUAUGCGGUCCUGAUGGACAUGUACAGGAAGAACAUUCUCGCUCCUUUAGAUACCUGGCAAAAUAAGAUUGAUUCGUUUUUAGAAAACAUCGUCCAAGAGAAAAUACAGUUAGAAAGCUACGAAGACAAAGGAUUCUUUAGUUGUCUUUGUGCUAUUGCUGAAAAUGUCGCAUCUUUAUAUCUAAAUUUUGGCGAAACAACUUUCCAAGUGCUGAAUUCUCUUAACCAAAAGAAUGUUCUUUCAUUCCUUUUCCGUUUAAUCGUACCUGCGGCUAAGGUCCCCUUGCCUGUCGUCGAAACAUCAUUACAAGCUUUAUUCACUUUGACCGAUGACAACGACGGUGGCUUAUUAACUUUCCUUCAAAAUCCUAACAAUACUCCGGAUGCAAUAAUUGAUCUUCUUCACUUUUACAUGAAGAGUGAAUCACCUUUAGCCAAGGUCUACUCAGUAGGCUGUUUAUUCAAUAUUUAUCAAUCUAAAGUGGUCGCUAAAAACUUUGGUGAGCUUUUGUCUUCCGAAAGCUUGUUGGAAAUUUUGUCUAAUGAAUCUCUUCCGGUUUUAACGGCCUUGCUUCCAGACGAGCAAGCUUACUUAGAUUUCGUUGACCGUGAUUUACAAUCCUUUAAAAAGAACGGACUUACUCAACUCAAGGACGAGGAAGCUAUCCUAUCUUCCGAUCUUUUGGUAGUACCAGCCGCUUUGGAAAUCCUUUCCUCUUUGACAUCGUUGCUUCAAAGCCUUGCCGAGGGUCAUGUUGAAGAAGAGUUUGGAGAUUCGUUCGUUGCAGAAGAUGAUGGCAACAAAGCUUUGGAGGAUCUAUCAAGUGUAGUCGAUGAGGAGCCAAUGAAUACAGACCAGGCCAUGGACGUUGAUGGUGCAACCAAUGAAAAAUCAAAUUCCAAGCUAAUUGAAUACAUGCUGGAUUCUGUUUUACCAAAAUUAAGCUCAUACUUUAGUUGGCUUUCGAAGUUCUCGUCUGACGAUAUUCCUUCUAAUUUGAAAAGCUACUUGUUAGAAGUUUCGGAAAGAACAAUUGAAUGCUUAAACAACAUAUCGUGGUCAUGUAAUGGUGUCUUUACUGAUGCUUCUGAUUCUUCUAAAAAGUGGAAUAUACAGGCCAACCAGCUCGUACAAUGGCUUUUUAAAACCAUAUUUGCAGAUUUGCAUAAUAACUCUUGGCCAUUUAGUGCUGAUACUUUCACAGUUAGUUGUGGACUUCUCUGGGCAGCUGCUAGAGCCGCUUCAGAAGUAUCAAAUUCCAUUACUGCUGAACAAAUAGCCUCCUUAAUCGGCUAUGCUUCGGCUCAUGGAUCCUUGGAUGCACAGGUCCGCAUUUUCGGUGCCUUUGCUACUUUGGGCCGCACUGAUAACAUUUCAGUAAAUGAAAUAAUAGGACAAACUCUGUUUUCCUGCCUUUCUUUGUCAGAGCCUAAUCCACAAUUGACUGUUGAAGCACUAAACACUAUAUACGACGUCUAUGGCGAUAAAUCAUAUCCUUACGAUGCUCCUGUUUUCCAGCAAAGGAACUAUUUACAACAGUUGGCCAAUUCCUUACCAAAGAUCACUCAGAUGGUUAAACGCAUUAAUCGUAAAAGCGAUAGCUUGUUACGAUUUCGAGCUGAGGAAGCUUUAGAAAAUUUGGGUGCAUUCAUUGAAUAUAAACAGUCGGAAUAUACUGGUAAUUAG